AUGGACGGGCAGGCGCGAUCGACGCUGAUUAGACGGCGGCGAGACGGCUUGGCGCGGGAUUUCGCUGCGAUUGCCGCAAAACUUGAUAUUCGAUAUAACUCUACAACAGAUUUUAUAUCACGAGUGCUCGACUAUAUCGACAUAUACUUCAACGCAAUGGGCUGGUUCUGGGGCAGCUCGACGCCGAGCGAUCCCACCAAGAAGCUCGAUCCUGAACUGCGAGACUAUCUGCAACAAGAAAAGCCAGCUCCCUACACAACGACAUCUUCAGCAUCUCGACUAGCAGCAAACGAAUCACAAACAACACAUAACCCCUCCGCUUCCUCCUCCUCCUCCUCCUCCUCCUCAUCAUCAACAGAAAACCCCGUCCCCGCCGCUUCACAAUUCCCAGACGGCCGAUAUGCACACCUGUGGAAAACGUACAAGCCGCUGGCCGACAUCGAGGGCGCACAACCACAGGCGGCCGCUGAGCGCGCCAUCAAUGCAUUCAAGAACCGCAAGGAUACCGUGCACGACGCGGCCAUGGAGAACUGCGCGCUGGAACAUGAGUCGCUAAUGACCUGCUUUCACAAGGGCGACUGGUGGAGUCUGGUCAAGGCAAAGGCGACCAUGUGUGGCGACGAGAAUAGGAAGUUCUCGCGGUGCUAUACUACACAAGCUAAAUUUUUGCAAGCCCUUGGAUAUGCGGCGUCGACCGAUUGGGACGCUCACAAAGAAGAGCGCAUCCAGCUGCACGCCGACAAGCUCUAUCACCAGAUGCUCGACUACGAGCAGCGUGCGGCCGAGGCACGCGCUGCCGGGCGAGAGCCGCCUCCAAUCACCUCUCUUUUCCGACCAGAAGCUCGGCCAGUUCCCUCACAUAUUAUUCACAGCGCCGACAGUGGGAAUCAAAAUGACCAGAAGGAUAUGGUAGUUGUCCCCGGCGGCGAAAAGCUCCCCGAGGGCUACACGCCGCACACACCGCUCAAAGACCUCACGCCGCACGAACGCGAACUAGCGAUUCGAUCGGUCAAUGCCGAGAUUGAGCAGAAUAGGGCGUAUGCGGACGAGGCAAUGCCGUUUGUGCAGAAGCAGCAAGAGGCCCGCGCGAGGAGACAGGAGAGGGCCAAGGGGUGGUUUGGCGAGACGAUUGGCAAGUGGAUUACCUAG